UAUAUGCAUGUUAGUAGCUAAGUCAUUAAUAAAGCAUGCCAUACUCCACACACUACUUCCACUCUCAUUCUUCACAACACCACCACAACACAAAACACAGAAACACACACACUCUUUCUAUGGCUGAUGCUAUGAAGAUGAAACAUGCAAGGUCAGGCAAGACAAUGAUGGGGUUCAUGUGCCAGUCCUCAUCCACUGCAGUGUGCAUGGCAGGUGGUGGUAACUCAGUCAUUGUUCCAUUGAGAAGGCCAUCAACAAUACUUGAAGCCGCUGAUAACACAAGAUUACUUGACAAUAGUGGCAAGUACUAUACAAGGGUGGUUCAUGAUUCUCAUCACAGGCUUAGUAGUACUACUACUACUACUCUCCCUAUUAACAAUAAGAUCAGACCACCUGCAGUGUUCGUAGCUUCUCUCAAGAAGAGAGAACAAGGUGUCCACUCACCGCGAAAGGCACCGAAGACCACCCAAAUUGAUCCACCACCAGCACUACCUUCUUCAGACAAUGUUUUUCAGCCACAGGUGGUUGUUAUGAGAGUUUCUCUCCACUGUCAAGGUUGUGCAGGUAAAGUAAAGAAGCAUCUAUCUAAGAUGGAAGGGGUUACAUCGUUCAGCAUAGAUCUAGAGAACAAGAGGGUGACAGUGAUGGGACAUGUAUCACCAAUUGGAGUGUUGGAGAGCAUUAAGAAAGUGAAGAAGGCUGAGUUUUGGCCCAGUUGAACUCAUAUUCUACCUGUCUUUGGCAUUUCUUACUGUAGUAGUUGGUCUAAUAAUGGUGGUCCUCCCAAUUAAUAACUAUAUGGGGAGGGUCCAUUUCUCCAUGACUUAGUUAGUCAGACCUGCAACACUACUAACUGUUGAUGCUGAUAUUUCCUACUUUAACAAAUUAUCAAUUAUUAUUAAUUUCUUCUCUUUUGUUUUUUGAAUAGAAAUUUUUUAUUAAGGCACCAAGCAGGUGCAGACCAGAGAUUACACAGUUGUUAGACUUAUAGUGUCAAGAACAUUGUUACAAUUAACCAACUCUUCCACAUCAAAGAAAUACAUAAACGAGGCCAGUAUUUAUGAAGAUGCAACAAAAUCUAGAUGCGUAUGUACAAACUGAAACAAAUAAUAGAAAGAAAGACAGUAAACU